CCCUAUUUGCAUUGCAUUGCUUACAUGCAUAGCUAUUAGUCAGCAGCGAUCAGUGAUUUCCAGAUCUUCUGGAAAAUAAAUAAACUGCUCAUUCACACUCCCCCUUUAUCGCUAGUUGUUAAACCCUCCUUCAAAAACCCUACGUCUUGUGGCCACAUUAUCAUCGAGUUCUAAAGGCGACGCAUUUGAUCAUCCAUCUCUGUUACUAUUCCGUUUUUCCUAAAAUUAGGGUUGAUAGGACAUUACUUGUAAACUCAUUUCGGUAAUGACAACUCAUAAAAAAGAUUCAAAAACAUCCGCUCCAAGAGCUCCAGAUUUAAAUGAGCAAAAACAAAAAGUAGAAAAGGCCUAUAGUGCCAUGGCUGACUUGGGGAUUUCUACUGAAGUUGUCAAACCCGUCCUCAAAAACCUUUUGAACUUGUACGAUGGGAACUGGGAACUAAUUGAGGAAGAUAAAUACCGAACGCUUGCAGAUGCUAUUUUUGAAUCAUCAGAUGACAAGAAAAGCAUUGCAGAAGGCUCUACGUCCUCUAACAUGAACACCGUUACACACAAAAAGAGGCGUAAAAUUAUCCAGGUGGAAGAUGACAUGGAGCCAAUAGCCAAACCAACAUGUCCAGCUGUACAAUCCGAUAAUUCUAAUUCGUUAGUAAAGAGGAACUCAAAGUUUCACAAUGAUAAUGACAUAACCAGAGGUACAGAGAAAAUCAAGAUUCCAUUAAUCGACGAAAUUGGCUUAGAACCACCAAAGUUUCUCUACAUACCGCAAAACAUAUCGUAUCAGGAUGCAUAUGUACCUUUUUCAACAGCCAGGAUUUCCGAUGGCGAUUGCUGUUUAAAAUGUACCGGUGAUUGUCUUUCUAGGCGGGUCCCGUGUGCUUGCUCUCGUGAAACAGGAGGAGAAUUUGCCUACACGUCAAAAGGCCUGUUAAGGGAGGAGUUUUUAGAUGCUUGUAUCGAACCGAAAAAGCAUGAUCUUUUUUAUUGCCAAGAUUGCCCUUUGGAGAAGGCCAAGAAUGACGAUAAUCCCGAACCGUGUAAGGGUCACGUGUUGCGAAAAUUUAUAAAAGAAUGUUGGCGAAAAUGCGGUUGCACAAUGAAUUGCGGGAACCGUGUGGUACAAAGAGGCCCUACUUGCAAGUUGCAGGUGUUUUCUACAGAGGAUAAAGGCUGGGCUGUUAGGUCAACUCAAUAUUUGCCCAAAGGUUCGUUUAUAUGUGAAUAUGUUGGAGAAAUAUUAACAAACACAGAGUUAUAUGAAAGAAACAAGCAAAGUCAAGUAAAUGAGAGGCAUACGUAUCCAGUAUUACUAGAUGCUGAUUGGGGGUCUGAACAAGGACUAGAAGAUGAAGAAGCUUUGUGUUUGGAUGCAACUCGUUUUGGGAAUGUUGCAAGGUUUAUAAAUCACAGAUGCUCUGACUCAAAUUUGAUCGAGAUUCCUGUUGAAAUUGAAACGCCUCAUCAUCACUACUAUCAUAUUGCUUUUUUCACUAAAAGGGAUAUUGAUCCAUUUGAAGAAUUAACAUGGGAUUAUGGGAUUGACUUUGCGGACGUUGAACACCCUAUAAAAGCAUUUAAAUGCCAGUGUGCAAGUCCACACUGUCGAGAUGUGAGAAGAAAAGCAGUAGCAGAAAUAAAAAAGAAAGACUCACGGGGCAAGAAAACUGCAUCUGGCUCCACUAGCAGAGGACUAAACCGUAAACAGGUUCAUUAAUUGUUUAGGGGUUCUGAACCUUGUUGUUGACAUUACUAUUUUGCGUUAAAAAUAUUUACAUUUCUCAGUUGACUUAUGCCAGCAUUAUAAUUGCUUUUUCACGCCUAUAUUUUUUGGCAAGGAUGACAAGGAUGAUAUCUAGGUUUUUUGGGGUUUUAGACA